AGAGCCCAGGCAGACACAAACACAAAACUGGGAGGACAGACAGGCAGCCCUAAGGACAGACAGUGCAGGAUCGGGAAGGUGUCAGCACCCUCCUGUCUUUGGACAAAUCCAGGAAGUCUUCCUAGAAGGAGGGGAUUUUAGCACAGUAGAAAAAGCAGAAGGGAAGGGAGGUAGUGGGCCUCUGGGGCUGGGGAGAGCCAGCUGCCCCAGGGAGCAUCCCAGCUCGGGUAAAAAGCACCACCUGAGGCUGGGGCUGAGGUGGGAGCAGUGAGGCCUCUGAGAAAACCCCAGAAUAUGUACCUCUGGAGUGGAGCAGAUUCACAGGAGGUCUCAGAGGUUGCCUGGAGCUCCAGGGUAGAGGAAAGAACUUCUCUCCUCAAGUAGUUCUUGAAGACUUUCUGGAAGAAGAAGCCACUUCCAACCCCAGCUCUCCCCACCAAUAAAAGGACCAGGGAGGAUCAGAGAGACCAGAAGGAUCCUGAGACUCGCACUCUGCCGCCCGCACCACCUUCCGCUGCCUCUCAGACUCUGCUCAGCCUCACACGAUGUCGUGCCGCUCCUACAGGAUCAGCUCAGGAUGCGGGGUCACCAGGAACUUCAGCUCCUGCUCAGCUGUGGCCCCCAAAACUGGCAACCGCUGCUGCAUCAGCGCCGCCCCCUACCGAGGGGUGUCCUGCUACCGAGGGCUGACGGGCUUCGGCAGCCGCAGCCUCUGCAACCUGGGCUCCUGCGGGCCCCGGAUAGCUGUAGGUGGCUUCCGAGCCGGCUCCUGCGGACGCAGCUUCGGCUACCGCUCCGGGGGCGUGUGCGGGCCCAGCCCUCCAUGCAUCACCACCGUGUCGGUCAACGAGAGCCUCCUCACGCCCCUCAACCUGGAGAUCGACCCCAACGCACAGUGCGUGAAGCAGGAGGAGAAGGAGCAGAUCAAGUCCCUCAACAGCAGGUUCGCGGCCUUCAUCGACAAGGUGCGCUUCCUGGAGCAGCAGAACAAGCUGCUGGAGACCAAGUGGCAGUUCUACCAGAACCAGCGCUGCUGUGAGAGCAACCUGGAGCCACUGUUCAGUGGCUACAUUGAGACUCUGCGGCGGGAGGCUGAGUGUGUGGAGGCUGACAGCGGGAGGCUGGCCUCAGAGCUCAACCAUGUGCAGGAGGUGCUGGAGGGCUACAAGAAGAAGUAUGAAGAGGAGGUGGCCCUGAGAGCCACAGCAGAGAAUGAGUUUGUCGUUCUAAAGAAGGACGUGGACUGCGCCUACCUGCGGAAAUCAGACCUGGAGGCCAAUGUGGAGGCCCUGGUGGAGGAGUCUAGCUUCCUGAGGCGCCUCUAUGAAGAGGAGAUCCGCGUUCUCCAAGCCCACAUCUCAGACACCUCGGUCAUAGUCAAGAUGGACAACAGCCGAGACCUGAACAUGGACUGCAUCGUCGCUGAGAUCAAGGCUCAGUAUGACGAUGUUGCCAGCCGCAGCCGGGCCGAGGCUGAGUCCUGGUACCGUAGCAAGUGUGAGGAGAUGAAGGCCACGGUGAUCAGGCACGGGGAGACCCUGCGCCGCACCAAGGAGGAGAUCAACGAGCUGAACCGCAUGAUCCAGAGGCUGACGGCCGAGAUUGAGAAUGCCAAGUGCCAGCGUGCCAAGCUGGAGGCUGCUGUGGCCGAGGCAGAGCAGCAGGGUGAGGCGGCCCUCAGCGAUGCCCGCUGCAAGCUGGCUGAGCUGGAGGGCGCCCUGCAGAAGGCCAAGCAGGACAUGGCCUGCCUGCUCAAGGAGUACCAGGAGGUGAUGAACUCCAAGCUGGGCCUGGACAUCGAGAUCGCCACCUACAGGCGCCUGCUGGAGGGCGAGGAACACAGGCUGUGUGAAGGUGUGGGCUCUGUGAAUGUCUGUGUCAGCAGCUCCCGUGGUGGAGUCUCCUGUGGGGGCCUCUCCUACAGCACCACCCCAGGGCGCCAGAUCACUUCUGGCCCCUCAGCCAUAGGGGGCAGCAUCACGGUGGUGGCCCCUGACUCCUGUGCCCCCUGCCAGCCUCGCUCCUCCAGCUUCAGCUGCGGGAGUAGCCGGUCGGUCCGCUUUGCCUAGUAGAGUCAUGGAGCCAGGGCUUCCUGCCAAGCACCUGCCUGCCUGCAUCACUGCACUGAAUGGCAUGUGAAUGGAAAAUGUGUGCUUGCUUCCAGAAUCUUCCGGAUGUUCCUACAGAGGGAAAGACCCUCGGGCCGCUCCCCUGCGCCUUUUCAUGCUAGGGAGAUGCAUCCUAGUUGUCCUCCUGGCAGCUGUUUUCAGAGGCAUUCCCAGCCCUUCACUUAACUCCUACUUAUCUCCAAAAUACCUGUAGCCAAUUUGUAUUAUUCCCCCAGCUCUCAGGGACAAGACCAGUCCCCCAGCGUGGUGGUCAGCACAGAAGCUCCACCUCCUGGGUGGAGGCGCCAUCCUAACCAUCCAGCCAGGCCACCCACAACCCAAGAAUCAGGGAGAAAGUCCCUCCCCAGCAGCCUCCACCUCCUGGGUGGAGACACCAUCCUAACCAUCCAGCCAGGCCACCCACAACCCAAGAAUCAGGGAGAAAGUCCCUCCCCAGCAGCCCCCUCCUCCUGGCUGGGAAGAAUGGUCCCCCAGCAAGCACUUGCCUGUUCAUUCCCGUUCAUGUUUUGCUUCUCUCUCAGACUGCCUUCCUGCUUCUGGGCUAACCUGUUCCAGCCAGGCUCCUCAUGUGACCUCGCAGUUGAGAAGCCCAUUAUCGUGGGGCAUCCUUUUGCCUACAGACCCUGGUUAGGGCACUUUGGACAGGUCUUGCUAUUCAGUGCACCUUUGUACAUUUCAAAGAAGACUCCAUGGCUGCUCCAGAUGCCCCCUUGCUGGGUGCAGGUGGGGACUGUCCAAUGCAGAGCUGGCGGGACAGAGAGUUAAGCCACUUCCUGGGUCUCCUUCUUAUGACUGUCUAUGGGUGCAUUGCCUUCUGGGUUGUCUCGAUCUGUGUUUCAAUAAAUGCCGCUGCG